AAAAUAAAUUUUACUCCCUCGCUCGUUUUACACUACUAGCUCAUUUUCUCUCGCUUUUGCUCUUUAAUCCCGACGAAAAUGGCAGCAUCACCGGCAUCAAGAACCACAUUCCGACUAGUUAUAGCGAUUCUACUCAUAAUGCUUCUUUUCUACGUCGGCCGUCCUCUCUACUGGAAAAUCUCCGCCACUGUUCAAGAGAUCCGCCAAAAUAAACGCACCGUUCAACAAGGUAUUUCUCAAAUAGUUUACGAAGCUCAAAAAUCGGUUGGCUGGUUCCACGAUGAGUCUGAUUCUGGAGUCCGUGAAGAUCGUAAAGCGACGAAUCGGCGGUUACUCUUUUAAAGGUUUCAAACACGGAAUCAUUACUUAAGCUUAAGAAGGAUGAAAGGGAAAAGAAUUCUCAAGGACAAAACUUUGGCUAGUUGGCCUUAUUGUUCGGACCCAAGGACUAGAGCUCUUUUUAUAAGCCAUUGAUCUGUCUUUUGCUUAUAUUGUUGCAGCUGUGUUCUGUUCUUUAAAUAUCCACUUAGACAAAAAAACAUUUCCUUUUUUUAGAUUGUAAUUCUAUAUAGGAAGAAAAGUCAUUUAAACCCCUAAGGUUUGACUCGAAGAUUAAGUAAGCCUUCAACGUCUAAAAAGGUUCAAAUAUGUUUUUAACGUCUUAAAAAGUGAACAAACAUGCCUCCUGAUUUUGACAACCAAGCUCCCAGUGUCUUAUUUAUGAGUCAAAAUCGGGGGCUGAUUGUUCAUUUUUAGAGGCUCACUCAAUCCUGUAAACAAAGUUGAGUGGUAUAAAUAACCUUUUCCCUUCUAUAUA